AUGUUCGAAUUUGGAAAGUUCAACACCCAGAAGAUCCUACAAAUGUUCGAGAGACAACCGAAACAUACCCAAGCUGUUAACGCCACGCGUUUCGACCAGACCGGGGAUUAUUUGGCAACAGCAGGUGAUGACGGGUUACUAAUCAUUUGGAUACUAGCUGAGGAGGUGAUACAAGAUUUUGGGAAUCAAGACGAUGAACUCAAGGAGAGCUGGAUUGUGAACAAGGUAUUCCAUACCAAUUCGGAGGUAUAUGAUAUCAGCUGGUCGCCAGACUCCAGUGGUGUUAAGACGGUUUCAUAUGAGCCUCAGCAAGAAACUCAAGCAAAUGCGCCAGAAGCGCCACUAUCAGUCAAUGGUAACAAUCAAAGUACGCAUGAGGGAAAGAUCGCCAAUCUUUACCACCCUGAAUCGCUACAAUCCUUCUUCCGGCGACUCGCCUUCUCCCCCGAUGGAAGUCUCCUUCUCACUCCACUGGGGUUAUUAAAAGAAGGAUCCCGUGAAGAAGAGGACCCCGAAGUGGUUCACCACACAGUCUAUGUCCAUACUCGCGCAGCGUUGUCUAACCCACCAGUGUGCUAUCUUUCAGGCUUCGAUAAACCAGCUAUAGCAGUAAGAUUCAGUCCAAUCUUGUACAAAUCAGACUUGGACACUUCAGAACUUGUGUUUGACCUACCACACAAGAUGAUAUUCGCUGUUGCGACGCAAAAUUCCGUGAUCGUUUACGACACUGAGCAUUUUAAACCCCUCGGUCUUCUGAAAAACCUACAUUAUUCAACCAUCACUGAUAUUACCUGGUCUUCAGAUGGCAACAGCAUAAUCAUCACUUCUGCCGAGGGCUUCUGUUCCAUAAUGUUACUUUCAGAUGGAAUUCUCGGUACUCCGUUGCAGGUUCAAGAAAAGAAGAAUGAUGGGAAGUCAAAUGGCCAAAUGUCUCGAUCUACUGUGAUUGAAAUCAAUAGUGACGAAGGACUCACCAUUGGCGGAAAUCUGACAACCAAGCCAACAGACAAUAAUGCUUCCUUAGUUUCUGCCCAGUCUUGCGCUGAGGCAAGAGAAUCAGAAAGCACGACUAAUCAAUCCAGCACACCAAGUCAGACAAGCUUCUUGUCACAAUUUGUGGAGCCACCGAUUGAUGAGUCGUAUGAAGAUAGGCAGCAAAGUCCGUCACUGCUAAACCAGACACCAGACACCAUAUGUAAGAGAAGACGGUUACAGCCUACACAAAUUUCCACGAUUUGA